CGGACUUAAAUUUUCUCCAAGGCCCUCGACUUUCUGCUGCCUCUUUGAUAGCGGACAGGACUUACUCGGCGCCACAAUCCACCCAAGACACCCAAGGCUGCUUUGAAAUGUCGCGAACGGCUCAGCAUCCCUCAAAUGACGACGGCUCUUCAGAAAGCGAGGAUGAACUGUCCAGUCUUGGGGAUGAUGACACCCCAGUCAAAUCCACCGACCAGAUGGAUCUUGAUGAGGCCGGCUCGGAUGAAGACGAACUUGAGAGACUCGUGCUUGGUGACAAGGCCGGUUUCCGGGACAAUCUGUUCAGACAUGCAGCGGACUCGGACGACGAUGAGGCGCUGAAGAGCCUAAGACUGGAUGACGGCACGCACGCACCUGGGGCCACGGGCCACGAGGACCUGGACGACUCGGCCCUCUUCAUGUUCGACACUGGCUCCGCGCCGGCCCACGGAAAGCAACUCGCCGAGAUGCCCGGACACGCGGCCAAUGGUGACGGCCCUCAGCCCGCUUGGUUCGACAGCGAUGACGAGAAGCUGGCCGUCUCGCUCGCUGGGGUCAGGCAGCUGCGGAAGCUGCGGGAGUCGGAGGCUGAUGACCUGAUCGACGGGGUGGAGUAUACCAGGCGCCUGCGGCAGUACUACCUACGUCUCAACCCACUCCCAUGCUGGGCCAAGGACUCUUCGGAGCAGCGCAAAACGAAGAGGCGGAGAAGGUCCUCUGCUGCGUCGUCGGGCUCGGACACGUCCUCGGGCUCCGAGCUCAGUGGCGACGAGGAGGACAUCUCUGCCCUGCCGCUGGAGCGGUUCCUACGCGACGCCGGCGCGCUGCGGGCCGAAGGCGGGAGAAGGAAGAAGCGCAAGCUCCGGCCCGAAGUCAUUGACAUCCAGCGAACGCGCGACAUCCCCGACACACACAAGGGCCCCGUCGAGUCAAUCUCCUUCCAUCCACAGCACCCAGUCCUCCUUUCCUCCUCAAAAUCAUCAAUCCUGUAUCUCCACCACGUCGAUCCAAGUGCACACCCGACGCCGAACCCACAGCUCACCUCGGUGCAAGUCAAGUCCGUGCCCAUCCGGCGCUCCGCCUUUCUUCAUCCCGAUGGGGAUGAGAUAAUCCUGGCAGGGCGGCGCCGCUUUUUUCACAGCUGGAACCUAUCCAACGGCAUUGUCAAGAAGGUUACGAAGAUUCAAGGCCACCAGGAGGAGCAAAAGACCAUGGAGCGGUUCCGGCUCAGCCCCGACGGGAAGCACAUGGCCCUUGUCGCCACGAGUCGCAAGGGCGGCGGCAUGCUGAACAUCGUCAGCGUGAGUAGCAUGCAGUGGGUUGCACAAGCCAGGCUGGACAGCCGUGGUGGCAUUGCAGACUUCUCCUGGUGGGGAGACGGCCAGGGGAUCACCAUCCUCGGCAGGGAUGGCCAGGUGGGCGAGUGGUCACUUGCGACGAGGCGUACACUGGGAAUUUGGAGGGACGAGGGCUCCAUCGGCGGCACGGUGAUUGAUCUGGGAGGACGUGAUGGCCCAUCGGAAGUUGGCGGGGACAGGUGGGUCGCUCUGGGCUCGACCAGCGGCGUCCUGAACAUCUACGACCGGGCCGAGCUUAUCUCCAAGGGUCAGGGGCCCGCCGUUGAGGUCAAGCCGCUGCCCGCUCCCAUGCGCAGCUUCGAGCAGCUGACCACACCCAUAACCGUCACUGCGUUCAGUCCAGAUGGCCAGCUGCUGGCGUUUGCCAGCCAGCACAAAAAGGAUGCGUUCAAGCUCGUGCAUCUCCCGAGUUGCACGGUGUACAGGAACUGGCCAACUGAGCAGACGCCAAUGGGAAGGGUGACAGCGGUCGCCUUCGGGAGGUCGAAGGAUGCUGACGUGCUGGCAGUAGGGAAUGACGCCGGGAAGAUCAGAAUGUGGGAGAUCAGGAACUAAGGCGACGAAGGCGAGUGCAGUCUGCUUUAGGUGCUCACUCCGCCGCUUUCAAGAACCCAAAUCAAAUCUCGCGAUCCCCUCAACAAUCGUCUCAACAGCGCUCAUUUCAUGCCUGCCCUUGAUAUUUGUGACCCCGAGGGCACACGAUGCGGGCUAAGAGGUCACGCAGCGGGCUUCCUCUUGAGAUGUUGUGGCGUGGGAAGAACUUGCGGGUUUCCCGCGUGUAGGCGGCCAGGGCUCGCUCGCUCGAGAAGAACACGACGUCCUCGGGCUUGUUCUCGGCGGCGAGGAAGUCGUGUAGGUUGACCCAUACAUGCUUGAGUGCCU